AUUUCUUUUAUUCUUUAAUUGAUUCUGAAAACCAAACACUUACUAUUUUGCAUUAAAAAAUAGAUUUUAAUCAAUUUUACAUCAAUUUAACGUAUAAUCACGUAUUAAUUUGUUCAAAAAUAAAUCAUAACCUCGUAAAAUAUUUAAUACGACCACAUUCUCAUAUCAUUAAUCGAUCAAAGUACAAUUUUCAUUUGUAUAGAAUCUUAUAAAACAUAUAACUAUUGGAUUAAGUUUGGACUUUAAACCUUUUAAACAAAUUUCAUUCGCUCGGCUGUAUUUUUUAUUUGUGGCCACACAAUAUUGCUAAAAUUAACCAUUUUUGUAGAGGGUUAAAACUUGGUAAGACAACAAUGAAUUUAUAUGUUCAAAGACCACGAUCAAAACAGAAUGUAAAAUGAAAAUCCUCAUCAUAAAUUCCAUCUACACAGCCACAGAAACGGGAAAGCACAACAACACGAUUCAUAAAAUUGAUAAAAUAUUAUAUACACUAAACAAAUGAAUCCUAUGAGUUAUAAUACAAUUAUUGAAUAGUUAUUUUAGUCAUCAAAAUAUGAUUGUUCUCGUGGUACUAAUAUCCUGAGAAGGGUAUUUCUGAAAAGUAUAAAUGCAAUGAAACUUAGCAGCUAGGUGGGGUGUAUUUCAAAAUUACCUUAGCCCAAUAAUAUAUUAUAGUCUGUUAGAAUUUCGUUGGCCCAAUAUUUGACUGGUCUGAAUAAUGAACUGAGCUGAGUCAUCAUAACAUACUGUAACCAUAGAAGUCGAAAGCUCUCUGGAACGGUGGGAAUUGCAGUAGGGACUGUUGUUUGCUCAUGCUAAUGAAAGAUGGCAUGAAUUCCCGAUUAUUGUUGGACUGUGCAAAAAGUUGCAUAUUGUCUUCUUCUCCUGUUUUCAGAAGACAACAAUUCUUGAUAAGGUGUGUGGAAGGCUCCAUUGAUCAUAGACCUCAUUCUAGAGAUAUGCAAGCCCUAAGGUCUAUUGAGGUUGACUCUGAGAGUGUUAUUCGAGCAAUUACUCCUGCCCUUGAUCCUACCAGACAUAAAGGCCAGGCUGGAAAUAUAGCUGUUAUUGGAGGGUGCCGUGAGUACACAGGAGCUCCAUAUUUUGCUGCAAUUUCGGCCUUAAAAAUUGGUGGUGAUCUGUCCCAUGUUUUUUGUACAAAAGAUGCUGCUCCUGUCAUCAAAAGCUACAGUCCUGAGUUGAUUGUGCACCCUGUUUUGGAAGAAUCUUAUAGUGUCGGGGACGAAAACAAGAGAUCCAUAGCAAGCAAGGUUCUUUCUGAAGUUGAUAAGUGGAUGGAAAGAUUUAACUGCCUUGUUGUUGGUCCAGGCCUUGGAAGAGACCCAUUUCUUCUGUCCAAGUACAAGUAUGGAUGCACAAAAUUUUACAACUCAGACUCAUUGUCUGGAUACAUGUUUCAUAAACAUCACAACACACAAAAGAGCAAUUGUCUGAAAGCAUUGACAUAAAAGAAGCUAGUAUGUUGAAUCAAGGAACUUACUGUUUGGCAAGAGAUAGCAGUUGUUGAGGAGCAUCUACAUCAUUUACUUCACAACUCAGUACUUUCUGAACAAGACGCUUAUAUUCAUUGACAUUUGGUGUUAGAACAGCUAAGGGGUAGCCACGAACAAGGUCAAGAUUAUUUGUAACAAGAAAAAGACCAUCCUGAACAACACCCAGAAAUUUAUUGGGCUAAGGUAAUUUUGAAAUACACCCCACCUAGCUGCUAAGUUUCAUUGCAUUUAUACUUUUCAGAAAUACCCUUCUCAGGAUAUUAGUACCACGAGAACAAUCAUAUUUUGAUGACUAAAAUAACUAUUCAAUAAUUGUAUUAUAACUCAUAGGAUUCAUUUGUUUAGUGUAUAUAAUAUUUUAUCAAUUUUAUGAAUCGUGUUGUUGUGCUUUCC